AUGGGCACCGGAAAAAAAGAGGCGACCAGGAGGGAGCGGCAGGGGAAGACUGGCGAUGGCAUGAGCAAUGUCAGGACCAAGGGCGAGAACUUCUAUCGCUCGGCGAAGAGGGUGAAGCAUCUGAACAUGUACACGGAUGGCAAGGCACAGAGGAACGCACGCGGUGAUAUCACCAAGGCCGCCAUCUACCAAUCCAGGGACGUGCCUACUGCCCGCAUUGAGCCGAACCGCAAGUGGUUCACCAACUCCCGCGUCAUCAGCCAAGAAUCUCUCUCUGCGUUCCGCACUGCCAUGGCCGAGCGUGCCACAGACCCUUAUUCGGUGCUGCUGAAGUCGAACAAGCUGCCGAUGUCCCUGAUCAGAGACGGCCAGGACAAGGUCAACGGCGUCAAGCAGCAUCAAGCCAAGAUGGCCAUUGAAACGGCCCCGUUCAGCGAUACCUUCGGCCCCAAGGCACAGAGGAAGCGAGUCAAGAUUGGAGUAUCGAGCAUUGAGGAUCUUGCUGGAGAGACUGUCAAGUCCCACGAUGACUAUCUGGACCGUCUCGAGCAAGCUCACCUGCUUAGCGGAAACGCUGGAGCUGGCGCCGACGAGGAGGAGGACACGGGCGCUUCCUCUGCAGCACGUGAGGCUGUCUUCUCCAAGGGUCAGAGCAAGCGUAUCUGGAACGAGCUGUACAAGGUCAUUGACUCGUCCGACGUGGUAAUACACGUCCUGGACGCAAGAGACCCCCUUGGCACGAGGUGUCGCUCCGUCGAGAAGUACAUCAGGGAGGAGGCACCCCACAAGCACCUGAUCUUCGUCUUGAACAAGUGUGACCUGGUGCCGACUAAAGUUGCGGCUGCUUGGGUCCGCUAUCUUUCCAAGGAUUACCCCACCCUCGCUUUUCACGCUUCGAUCAAUAACAGCUUUGGAAAAGGCUCCUUGAUCUCCCUUCUCCGUCAGUUCUCGUCUCUUCACUCCGAUCGUAAGCAGAUCUCCUGCGGUCUCAUCGGCUACCCCAACAUUGGCAAAUCUUCCAUCAUCAACACGUUGAGGAAGAAGAAGGUUUGCACGACCGCGCCCAUUCCUGGCGAGACCAAGGUCUGGCAAUACGUCACGCUUAUGAAGAGGAUCUACCUCAUCGAUUGCCCCGGCAUCGUCCCUCCGAACGCCAACGACACUGAUGCCGACCUUCUGCUUCGUGGCGUUGUGCGUCUUGAGAAGACGGAGCAUCCGGAGCAGUACGUUGCCGCUGCAUUGAGCAAAUGCAAAAAGCAACACGUUCUGCGAACAUACGAGCUCAAAGACUACAAGGACCACACAGACCUGUUGGAACAGCUUGCCCGAAAGGGAGGAAGACUGUUGAAGGGAGGCGAGCCCGAUCUGGACAGCGUUGCCAAGAUGGUACUCACCGAGUUCAUGCGUGGCAAGAUUCCGUGGUACACUCCUCUACCCGACAAGGAGGAGGAUGACGACACAAAUCGCGAAGGUCGGCAAGGCCGUCUCGGUGAGAUGCCGCGCAAGAGGAAGCGCGAAGAGGAACCCAAGCCUGCCGCCGGCUGCGAGGUUCAAAAGCCCGAAGAUGAAGCCGAUGACGACGAUGAUUCGUUCGAGGGUUUCGAGUCCGGGGAAGGCGAGGGAUCCGAGGAAGACUCCGAGGAGGGUGAUGCCGAGACUUUGGUCGCCGAGGAGAAAGACGAAGACGAUGACGAGGCGGUUGAAGCAGAUCUUGCGCGGAUCUCCGAAGCGUUGGCUAGUGCAAAGAAGAAGAAAAGAACGUAG